AUGUCCUCUUUAAGGGUUCUGGUGAUCGGAAAUAAUCCCAAUGUACUGUUGUACACAUGGAGAAUCCAGCAAUCCAAGAGUGUUCAGCUCGUACACGUUAGUAGAUCAAACUCCCCGAAAUAUACGGUGGAAACUAACAAGUAUGGCGCAGACACAUUUACUUUGUCUGAUCACUUCGAAACUCUAGAGGAUUUGAUUAAGGAUGGUAAUCACAAAAUAUUCGAUUUAGUCAUUCUAAGUGCAUCAUCUUUGCAGGAAAUUUCUUCGCUCUCGUCCAAACUCAAUCCAUUAUUGAACCUCAACACUAAGAUUUUGGUAGAAAGUACGGGCUUUGUGCAUUUGGAGCCCUUUGUCAAGAUGUCCAUCGACUUUCCCCAAUUGAAAGUGUUCUCAAUAAUGUCUGACUUUGACUUCCGUGAAGUGUCCCCUGGAAACUAUAAACAAUACAACAGCAAAGAAUCAAGUUCGAAAAUAUACUUGGGAGAGUCAGGAGUUAAGUCUACCAAUCAGAACUCAAAUAAUGGAAAAUACCCCAAGGAAAGUGUUUCCUUACUUGAAACUUUUAAACGAUUAUUCAUGAAGCUCUUUCCUAAGGACCAGGUCGAUCUAUGCAAUUUGUCUCACGUAGACUUUUUGUCACAGCAGUGGAAGCUUGCCUUGCCAAAGGUUUGCUUCGAUCCUCUUCUCAUACUCCUCGAGGACCCAGAGCCUUCACAACUACACGAACAGAUCUUGGCUAAACCGUUGAUCUCGGGUUUAGUGACCGAGAUAAUUACGGUAACUAAGUCUAUGGGUGCCAAGCUACCACCCGGAUUCGAUAACGAAAAUGAUCUUUUAUCACAUUGGUUGAGCAACAACGGUAACAAGAUGCCCCAGCUUGUUUUUCAUUUUGUUCACAAAACUGCUCCUUUAAACAUAGACAUGCUACUUCUCCAGCCUAUAUUACUUGCUGAUGAUUACGGAAUCAAGACUCCUUAUCUAGAGUUUUUAUACUCCAUGAUGUGUCAAUUCGAGAAGCUCAACGCCGGAGAUUCCCAAUGGUUUUGUCGUAAAGAUGAACAGACUGACUUGAGAGGGGAAUUAUCAAAAAUCACUCAAGAGAGAGACUCAUUAGAAAAGGAAUUGAUAUCCACCAAGGAAUCAUUUGGACAAAAGCAACAACAAUGGACGCGAGAGACGAACUCCAGAGACGAGCAUUACAAGCAGCAAAUCAGUACCUUAAAAUCUCAAAUCUUUAAGUUGAGCGACGAAUUGAACCUACAACAACAAAGAACAGCAGCUGCAGAAGAAAAAUCAUAUCACGUUGAACAGCGACAACAAACUCCUGUGGUUUCUUCCGACGAAGAACAAUUAUAUACGUCAACUGGCACGCCAAAUUUGAGGGAUAUUGAGGACAUUGCUGUAUAUGGUGUUUCGUACAAUGAAUCACCAACCGCUAAAAUCAACUCCAAUAGCAAAGAUAGUCCCAAUGAAAAUCUUCAAAAUAAUUCUAGCACGACAAAAAGUGAUGGGAUUAAAGCGGAAAGCGUCAAUGACGUGACUCUUCGUGAGCGUGAGCUAGAAUUACGGAGAAAGGAGCUUGCAUUGCAAGAAAAAGAAAUGGAACUACAAAGAAGAGUAGCAAAUAAACCAAGGCCGUUAAAAAUUCCAGCCCAAAUGCCAGUUCAACCGCAUCCGCAAGCACUUUCAAAUGGAGGUGGUUCUCGUAAGCCAUCUUACGGAAAUCCAUCAUCAAGAAACGGAAGAAAUGUGCACGGUGCAUCUCAACUCAACAGCUCGGCCAAUUUUGUCGAUCCUGUAACUGCUUCACAACCCUACAUGAACUCUGGUCUCCAACAACAGGCACCAAUGGGUCCUUAUCAUCAUCAGCCUCAUCAAAUCAAGGCAACUAGUAGAAAAAAUAGACGCAGUAACAUGCCAAGUUUGAGAAACGCAUCUAGCCUGGAUGUCUUGUCUAUGGCUGGUACCGGUACUGCCCCUGCCGGCCUACCCUCGCCAGGUGUGAACACUACAUUGACUGGUCCUAAUGGUCCUGCCCCUCGUUUGAAUUCUAUAUCAAAUGGUAUCACACCCCAUCCAAUACCACAGCGAUUCAAUAACGGAAGCAAUCUACAGAUGAAUAAUAUUCCUAAUUUCGCUGCUCCGCCUACAAAAUCAGCAUCUACUACACCUACAGGUUCUUCUUCUUCAUUGCCUAAUCAGCAGCGGCAAAUCAGUACAAGCACCACAUUUGAUGCGGUGAAUAGUCAGCAGGAAGCCGAGAUUUCCACCAAUUCAGUUAUCCACAAUCCUGUGUCAUCACCAUUGGUCAACGGACAAAUCAAUGAUGCGUUACCUUCUCCAAUGUCAACACCAAUUAUGCCGCCCAACGAGCAAUUUUCUGAAGCUAAUUCAGGCGCUGCUUCGCCGGCUCAGCACAGUUCUUCGUCCAAAGUGGCGCAGGAAAAUGUUGACGAUGAAUUCCACUCCAAGGAAAAGAAAAAGUCCAAGUUCGGAUUGUUUGGUAAAAAGAAGAAGGGUAAGAAAUAG